GAGGCCGCCCCCAGCUGCAGCCGCACCAGCCCCGGACCACGCAGGCGGAGGCGGCGGUGGUGGUGCCGGCGGGCCGAGCCGCGGAGCCCUCGGUGGUGGCAGCAGCGACAGCGGCAGCAGCAUCAUGGGCGCAGCGAGGGGAGCAGGUUCUGCGCGCCUGUGACCGGCCCGCCAGCGGGGAAGGCGCAGAGCAACUUCUUCCCGGGGCGAGGAGGGGGCUCUUCUCCCUCCCACACGCGCACCCCCGCAUGACACUGGCCGCGCGGGGAGCCUGAAGGGAGCCGGGCCUCAGCCCCGAUGGGCCAGGCGCCGGGGGGCUGACGCCGGACUUGCCCCUCCCGCGCGGGGCGCCCGCCUCUUCUGCCGCCCCAGGAGAGGAGUUCGCCCGCCCCGCCAAGGGGAGGCGGGCAGGAGCAGCUCGGAUCGCGGAGGCCUGCCUGCGACUCGAGGAAGAGGACCCACCCGCGCACCCCCGCGCUGAUGCCGAGCGCGAAGAGCUGCUGCCCGUUGCUCUAGCUGGGGGCAGGGUCGGCCCCUCCCGCCGUCUCCUCCGGUGCCCCGCCUGAGACGCGCCUGGCCGCCUCUCCGGGAGGGGGCUGGGCUGGGCUGGGGGGCGCGCUCUCCCUUGCACUUUGACCUCUCGCCUGUCUUGUCUACCUCAGCCCCGGGGGGGGGGCUGCUCGGGCUCCUUGGACAGCCGCCGCCUGGACCGCGGGGGCUGCUGGGAGGGGGCUCUUGGCCUCCGGCCCCCCAGCUGCCGCGCCAGCCUGGGUGAAGCCGCCGAGGCGGGGUCGCUACUCCCCUCCGCUCCGCCACCUUCGAUCCCCUCCCCUCUCCUCCUCCUCCUCUUCCUUUGGGCAUUGCUUCUUCGCCUGGGCUUGGCUACCUGGAAAGACGGCCGCCGCCGCCUCCCUCGGCCUCCCUCGGCGCCCCGCCGGCCCGCCCCGGCCAAGACGAUGGUGCACUGCGCCGGCUGCAAGCGCCCCAUCUUGGACCGCUUCCUGCUCAACGUGCUGGACCGGGCCUGGCACGUCAAGUGCGUGCAGUGCUGCGAGUGCAAGUGCAACCUGACCGAGAAGUGCUUCUCCCGCGAGGGCAAGCUCUACUGCAAGAACGACUUCUUCAGGUGUUUCGGGACCAAGUGUGCCGGGUGCGCGCAGGGCAUCUCCCCCUCGGACCUGGUGCGGCGAGCGCGGAGCAAAGUCUUUCACUUGAACUGUUUCACCUGCAUGAUGUGCAACAAGCAGCUCUCCACCGGGGAGGAGCUCUACAUCAUCGACGAGAACAAGUUCGUCUGCAAGGAGGAUUACCUGAGCAACAGCAACCCUGCCAAAGAGAACAGCCUGCACUCCGCCACCACUGGCAGCGACCCCAGCCUCUCCCCGGAUUCCCAAGACCCUUGCCAGGACGACGCCAAGGACUCGGAGAGCGCCAACGUGUCCGACAAGGAGGUGGGCAGCAACGAGAACGACGACCAAAACCUGGGGGCCAAGCGGAGGGGCCCCCGCACCACCAUCAAGGCCAAGCAGCUGGAGACCCUCAAGGCCGCCUUCGCCGCCACCCCCAAGCCCACGCGGCACAUCCGGGAGCAGCUGGCCCAGGAGACCGGCCUCAACAUGCGGGUCAUUCAGGUGUGGUUCCAGAACCGGCGCUCCAAGGAACGGCGCAUGAAGCAGCUGAGCGCGCUGGGCGCCCGGAGGCACGCCUUCUUCCGCAGCCCCCGCCGCAUGAGGCCGCUGGUGGACCGUCUGGAGCCGGGCGAGCUCAUCCCCAACGGGCCCUUCUCCUUCUACGGAGACUACCAGAGUGAAUAUUACGGACCUGGAAGCAACUACGACUUCUUCCCCCAAGGACCUCCUUCCUCUCAGGCUCAGACGCCGGUGGAUCUCCCGUUCGUGCCCUCCUCGGGGCCACCAGGGACGCCUCUUGGGGGCAUGGAGCACCCUUUGCCCGGCCACCACCCUUCCAGCGAAGCGCAGCGGUUCACAGAUAUCAUGUCCCACCCGCCAGGAGACUCGCCCAGUCCGGAACCCAACCUCCCCGGUUCGUUGCACUCCAUGUCGGCAGAAGUGUUUGGCCCGAGCCCUCCGUUUUCCUCGAUAUCCGUCAACGGCGGUGCUAAUUAUGGGAGCCAUUUGUCACAUCCGCCUGAAAUGAACGAGGCAGCUGUGUGGUAGCUUUAGGGACCAGGACGGAAUUCGGAAGGAAGUGCCCGAUUGGCAUCUCUAUCCGGCUCAUAGUGUGGUGUACAGAAAUGGAGUCAGACGGAACAUUUUUUCCUGCUCUGAGACAAUAUCUCUCUCUGUCUAUAUCUAUCUAUCUAUCUAUCUAUCUAUCUAUCUAUCUAUCUAUAUUUUGUUGUUUUUUGGGUUUGCCAUUUUUUUUUAACCUUGGGAAUGACUGACUUCAGAUCAAUGCCCAGGGAAAUUUUGCUAUAAGACUGGGGACAAUCGACAUGACACAGAAUCGACAGGAAAAAAUAAAAUCAAAUCUCUUUUUGUAGUGAGUGAAACAGACAUUGAUGAAGCGGAUGUGCUUCAGUACUGCCAUAUAUUAUGGGAUGGCGCAGGCUAGGUACUUGGCUCACUAGAAGAUAACUCUAGGAAUCAAAAUUCUUAGGAACUUUUCUCACACAGGAAAAGAAACACUGACUAAAAAGCAAGGUCAAAGAUAACAAGAAAAGGCUUCAAAGAAUCUUAGGAUUAAUUUUUUUUAAUGACGGCUUUGGCAUUAUCUGUUCCUUAAUUUUUGCCUCAGAAAAUUCAACAAGAGCCACAACAGCAGACUUUCUAAGCUUCAGAAAUGUCUGGUGGGGCAAAUGAAAAGUGUUUUGUUUUGUUGUUGUUUUGGGGGUGGGGUGGGCUUCUUUUGGCCAAAAGAGCAAAUAUUUAAAUCUCAGCCCUCAGCAUCAACUCUUCUACCUUCUCUGAGUGACACACACCAAUAUUCCUCAAAACCCAGAAGUCUGCUGCUAGGCUUCUAAGUAAAAAUGACUUGAAAGAAACAAAUAACCAAGGAUUCUACCUUCACAAGAAUAAAAGCUAAACAAACAAAAAUAAAAAGACUCUAUGGAACUAGAAAAAAAGCAGUCAACUGUUUACAUCAAAUGUUAAAUUCAGGAGCGCAAUGUUUUACUUUUUAAAAAAUCCUGUUUUAGAACCUCUUGUUCAAAAGCCAAUUAUUUUGAGCAAUCAACCAAAAUAGUUCAUUUUUUCCUUUCUUCUUUUUUUUCUGUAGACGUUAUAAGGCAUUACAGGGCUUGUGUUUUCACUGUGCUAGUUUGCGAAGGUGGUGUUUACAGAAGGCAAAGAAAAGAAAACCUAUAAAAUCAGACAGUUGCCAAAUAAAACAAUUCUAUAGCACAAAUACUCUCUUGUGUGGCAUCCACAGCCUGGGGGAAAAAGUUUUAAACAAAGUGUUACAAGGUUAAGGGGGAAAACAACGAACAUCUUUGCUAAUGUUUAGUCCUGUUCAACAUUCAUGGAAUUGUUAAUAUGACUUAUAUAGACCCACACAGGUUUUAUUUUCGUGUCUUUAAAAUUUAAAAAAAAAAUCCAAAAUAUUUAAAUUUUAUGGUCAAAUAUGCAGCCAGCAGCUGCGACUUUUUUUCCUUUAUAUAUUAAAUUUCUCAUAUGUCUUUUAUUGUUCGAAUAAACCUAAGCUUGUGUGACCUCCAGUGCAUAUUAGACCAUUCACUGUAUGGAAGGGGGGAAAAGUUGGAUUAAAAAAUUUGUGAAUUUUUAAUAAAACUAGAAAAUCUGA